AUGAUUUACCGUGAUAACUUACAUGAUAUUGCUUUUGAUAUUAUAAGAAAUGGACGAUAUCAUCACAAGACUACAUUGCAGUUUGCUACUGUAAGGAAUGCUCAAUCUCAAACUGAACGAGAUCUACUUGCUACAGAAUUUGGUAUUCGGAAAAAACCUUCUAUUUUUGAUAAAGUUACGCGUGAUCGUUAUCUUCAAUGUCCACAUGAUGCAUUUCAUUGUGUGGGUGGCUUAGCACGAGAAAUGCUUCAAGCAACAUUUCAAACAUUUUCUACAAUAGGAGAAAACGCAUUUUUGGAAAUUUGGCAUAACUUUGAAUUUCCUCCAACUUGGUCACGUCAACAAAAUCCAAUUACCCAUUUAGGAUCUUACUUUUUUUCUGAUUGUCUUUGUCUGUGUAUGAUUAUGCCAUUUUUAAUUUAUCGAGCAAUAUCUAAUACUGCAAUGUUAAAUAAGGCAUUUGUUGAACAUUUAAUUAAAGAAUUUUCUGAAAUUGGUUAUAAUGAUCUGCAACAAAGAAUUAUGCAAUGGGCUAUGCAAAUUGCAAAGAUUUUUCCUAAUAUUUCUCAAUUACCGAACUUUUACAUUUUACGCCACUUUGUUAUGCAUGCAAAAAAUUUUGCAACAUUAAUAAAUACAGCGGUCUCUACGAAAGAAAUGAUUCAUAGAAUAUACAAAGGUAUUAUUCCUCACUCCAAUAAGAAAAAUAUUGAAAUGGACUUUGUACGAUAUGAUAAUUGUUUGCAAACAUUACGAUUUUUAUUAGAUGGUGGCGUUGAUGAAAGAUAUAAUGGAACAGCACAAUUUAAUUUUAGUAUACUAUCAAAAGAUCAAUGUGUACGUUCACUUCUUGACUCAUGGUACAUUUUACCAUCUAUAACUAAUUUAGAACAAGAAGAUGAAAUUUCACAAAUAACGUGUAUGCAUGAAAAUUUUAUUAAUGUAAGAGUUCAAGGAAAGUAUAAUAAGUAUGAAUUGCAAGCUGCUAAUCUUGAACAAUCUCUUAAUGAUGAUUUAUUAGCAGAACUUAUACAUGCAUAUCAGGAAGAACUUGGUUGUACUGAACAUCUAGCAACACGAAAGAUCAAAUACUUCAAAAGUAUUAGUUAUACUAUAGUUGAUAAGGACGAUCAAGUUGAUGUAAAUCUUCGUGUUGGUGAUAUUGUAGACGUUUUGGAAGAUAUAUCAAGUGAUGGAAUUAAUGAUCCAAAAUUGGAUUGUUCACAUUAUAGAUUUCAAAGAUUGACAGAUCGAACUUGGCGGCGCAUUUAUGCAAUUAAAUGGGUAGAUCAUCAACCAAAUGUACAUUUUGUACAUCAAUGCAAAAUAGGUUGUUAUGAUGGAGAGCAUGACGAAACUAAUGUAUAUUAUUUAUAUAAUGAUUUUUAUUAUAACGCUAUAUAG